UAUCAAAUCCUUGAUAUAUUUACCGCCUGCUAAAAUUAGGGUUUUAGCCAAAAAAAACCCGUCACCUGGGGUUUUAGACUCUCUUCAAAAUUCUCAUCUUCAAUCUUCAAAUAUCCCAUACUCUCCAUCGAUCUCUCACCAAAGAUGGCGUUUUGGGGAGUUGAAAUCAAGCCAGGGAAUCCUUACACUCAUAAACCCGGGUAUAUUAGUGGACGACUUCGCAUCUCUCAGGCUACUUUGGGAAUUGGUAAUGCCACUAACAAGAGUAUUGUACAAUGCAACGUCGGCAACAAAAGCCCCAUUUUGCUUUGUAAUCUGAUUCCCAAUUUACUGGAGACGGUUCAUUUGGAACUCGAGUUCGAAGAGGCAGAAGAUGUUGUCUUUUCUGUCCUUGGGAAGAGAAGUGUCCAUCUCUCUGGUUACUAUGUUGGUAGUUCUGGUGGUAAAUUUGACGAUGAUUCUAGUGAGUCGUAUGGUGAAGAUAUAGCUAAUAGUGAUAGUCAAGAUGGUUAUGGAAGCUCUGAUGAUGAUGAGUAUGAGUCCGAUUUUAUUGAUGACGAUGACGACAUUGGAACGUUCCCAUCUUCAGCUCAUCGCAAGAGUGGUGUUGUAAUUGAGGAGAUAAUAGAGGACGACAAGCCAUCUCAUGAGAAUGCCAAUCGUCGUCGAUUGAAGAAGAAGCAUCAAUUGAGCGAUUCUGAUGAUGAUGAAGAUGCGAAACGGCAGCUUGUGGUUAAGCGUAAAGGCUCGGCUGUAUUAGAAAGCGAAGAUGAAGAUGGCUUCCCAAUUUCUUUCUCCAAAAAGAAAAAUGUGGCUAAGGACUCCAUGGAGAAUUCAAACUCUAAAUCUGAUGAUAAGGUCGUUGUUGAGGAAAUGGACAUCUCUCAAGAUGGCAAAUCUACAAGGGAGACUAGCCAGCCUUCUGAUACCCUGCCACCGUCUGAGGUUGUGCAAGAAAAUAAUGAGAAAUCAAAGAAGAAGAAGAAGAAGAAGGCUAAGGAUGAAAAACCUUUGGGAACUACCUCUGAAGUGCUUUCCGAAGAAAAUGCAAAUGUUGAAACUGACAAGUACAAAAAUGAUAAUCAAGUAGACGCUGACAAGGUGAACGGAUUGGGAACUGGAGAAGCAAAUGUUGAGCCUAAAAAAGAUGAAGCUGAUGAGCCUGUUGAUGAUGGAAAUGCUAAGCAGAAGAAGAAGAAGACAAAGAAGAGAAGGACUACCGAAGGACUUCAGUCUGCAGAAGACACAAAUGAAGCUGCUAACAAUGAUCCUCCUGUUAAUGAUGAAGUAGAGAAGUUGCCUAAUCAAAGUGAUUCUUCUGCUGCUCAAGAAACUAGGGAGAAACAAAAAAAGAAAAAUAAGAAGAAAAGAGUUAAAGAGGACAGGGGUUCUGAUGCGGAGGGUGGCGUAACUAAUGAUGUUAAUCAAGCCAGUUCUAAGAAAAAGAAGAAAGAGAGCAAGAUCAAUGAUAAUGAUAUAGUCCCAACCCAGGAAUCAGGAGAAGAGGGGAAAGCUGAGGUGUCAAAAUCUGAUCGUAAAACAAGGACUUAUCCUAAUGGUUUGGUCAUAGAGGAGCUGGCUAUGGGUAAACCUGAUGGACAAAGAGCCACUAAAGGAAAGAAGGUUUCUGUAAACUAUAUUGGAAAGCUAAAGAACGGGACAAUAUUUGACUCUACUGUUGGAAAAAGACCAUUUUCUUUCCGACUUGGAAUUGGGCAAGUCAUCAAAGGGUGGGAUGUUGGUGUAAUCGGAAUGAGAGUUGGUGACAAGCGAAGGCUCACAAUUCCUCCAUCUUAUGGUUACGGGCAGAAAAAGACGGGACCCAUACCUCCAAAUUCAUGGCUCACUUUUGAUGUCGAGUUGGUUUCUGUAAAGUGACGAAAUCAGGGAAUUUCUAAUCCAUAAAACUUCUGAGCUGUUUUCAUCAAACGGCGCUAAAAUUUUGCCUGUUCAAAUAUUUUGUUAUGUUGCCCAUACAUUAGCUAUAUUUGAGGGUCGAGUGUUGCUACUACAUGUCAAGUGCUAGAGAAACUCUUUUAUGAGCUUUUGGUUUUGUUUUGCUGACGGAUGUUUAGAGGUGCUGGUUGUCAAAAUCUUAAUUUUGUUAUGGUGAACUAUCAUGUGCGUGUCGAGAUGAUAAUUACAGUUAAUGGAGUAAAUCUUCUAUGUUGUCUUUUA